AUGAACGGCGUCUGCGCGCAGUGCCAUCUCUUGCCGCGACGAGUUCGGAGUAAACCAUUUUCCAAUGGAAUUCCAAUUGAAUUGACCGAAACGGUUUCUUGGAAGGUUAGAAAGUUGUCAGAUGCCGAUGCGUUUUUCGUAGAACAGUUGGUUGCAAGCGCACGUUGCAUUGCUGAAUCGGCUGGGAUCUAGUCAUCUUUUUCCCGCUUGCACUGUUUAAGGGGGUGUUUAGCAGGCUGUGCGGAAAAUCCCCAUGACAACAAGUUCGCUUACGGUCCAUUGCAUAUUUCAGUCUCAUUCGGAAACUUGAAUUGAAUCUGCGAGGACUUCGUCUGUGCACACACGUGCAAUUCCAAAAACAUCAAGAAAAUCCAGUUUGAAAGCAUUUUGUAAUUAGAUAGUAAUAGCAAAAACAUGGGAUCCGGAAGUGAAACAAAAAACGCCGCAACUUUGCCGAAGGGUAAAUAUACAUUGGUUGGAAUCGAUGUCGAUACGACUGGACGCCGGCUUAUCGACGAGAUAGUCCAGCUUGCGGCUUACACUCCUCAAACUCAGUACGCCCAAUACAUAAUGCCCUACAUGAAUCUGAAUCCAGCAGCUAGACAACGGCAUCAAGUUCGUGUAAUCACCAUUGGCUUUUAUCGGAUGUUGAAAUGCAUGCAAACUUACAAGGUUGUAAAAUCUAAAUCCGAGGUUGCAGCUUUGAAAGAUUUUCUCGACUGGAUCGAGGAAUUGAAGAAGUCCGAUAAAGGCUCACAAGGUGUCAUUCUGAUUUAUCAUGAGGAACGAAAGUUCGUUCCCUACAUGAUACUUGAAGCCAUGAACAAAUAUAGUAUGCUGGAUCGAUUUUUGGAAACUGUAAAAUCAUUCGCUAAUGGCUAUGCACUGGCAAAGGCAAAAUGUGCCAGUUCAGUAAAAUUCUUCUCACUUCGGCAGUUGUCUAAGAUCCUAUUGAACAAUGACGACAACCAGAAGGAGAAGGAUCAGUUUGAAGGAAGUGCUAGUGUCCGUGCCAAGUUAGCAUAUGAGAUAGCCCAUCAUCUAGCUAGGAGCGAACAGCAAGAUUUAACAGACCCGGAGCAUGAUAUCGAAAACAUGAUUAACGUUGUGUAUGAAUACUCUAGUCCGAUUAGUCAGGAGCUUAGUGAGCUGCAAAUCCAGACGAAAAAUCUGGAACGUCAGAACUCUUUUCGGCCGGUGUUCUUACAAUACUUUAAGACCACUCUAUAUCAUAGAGUGAAGGCUGUGAAAUUCCGCAUUAUUUUAGCUGAACACGGUUAUGAUUUAGAUAGUCUGAAGGCGAUAUGGACAGAAAAGCGGAAGGAAGGACUGGCAGAAGUAAUUCAAGCAAUGUCAGAGUUGAAACCGGAUGAGAGGAUUGAGUUGAUCGAAUUACUAGACUGUCAUUUCGACCCCGUUAAGCAGCCAGUAAAGCCCGUUGUUAAAAGAUCGAAGCGAAGGGCAAGACGAGUUUCUUCAAUUCCAGCCAAGAACAAGGAAAACAUUAAACCACGUGAUAAUAACCAAGGUUCUGGUGAUAAAUCUAGGACGCCAGAUUCUACGGUUAAGACUCCCGUGAAGAAGAUGCAAGGCCAGACGCGGUCUAGAAACAAUUCGGCCAAUAAACCCGCCCUGUCUUCAAAUUUGUAAAGAGAUAUUCCCAAGCCAAACUGAAAUCGAUCGGAAAAUUAUACAACGUCAAACGAAAUUAGCCGAACAUGGGAAAUCACAUAAAUUGUUAGAAAAAAAUAUAAAUCCAGAAUGUCUAGUAUGGUGAGUCUAAGUGAGUCCUAAAUAAAGAAGAAAGCUCGUUGGUUUCAUUGUGGUCAAAAUUCUGGAAGGAAAUCACGAAGUGCAAGCCGGAAUCUACUAAACAAUUAGUGAACCGAUUGUGCUUUUGAUUGAACUUUGAUUUUAUUGUUCACGAGUUCCUAUUGGGUCAUAUUUUGUUUAGAACAAAUUGUUUGUUUGUUCCACAUAUUUUUUAAAAACUAAGAAUACCGUACUCCAUAAAGCAAAUUGUCUACCAUAUUGGGCUUGUGCAAUCUGAAGGCAAGUAAAUUACUUUUUUAAUUUAUGAAAUUGUACCAAUUUAAUGGCAUUCAUUUUUGUGCAAUUUUUCUUAUGUUAAAAUAAACCGUUCUGAUUUUAUUUAGA